AUGGCAUCUUCAACAGAACAACUUUUUCUCGCCAUCUUGAGAAGCGAUCACAUCAAAGACUCUCUCUUCCCUCACCUCUCAACCACCGACCUCUGCAACAUUCGCCAGUCCUCAUCAGCUUGUUGCAAUCUCCUCACCAAGCGUCUCUUCACCCGAGUCCACAUCUCUUUCUCCGCCUCAACAUUUACCAAGUCAGCACGAGUUGCUGCUCUCGCUCGUAUCGGACAUCAUAUCGAGCAUCUCACUUUCUACUUUCCUCACUCAGAUGCCACUUUCCUUCCUCCUCUGGUUCAUCCUGUUUCUGGCAACGAGAUAUGUUUUCUGUAUACUCCUCACACAAGCAUGGGUUCUGUGCUUUCACGUCCCAAGUAUGCCAACGCUGAACUGGGUGAUAUCCUUACCCAGCAGUAUCCCCCUCUGUUUCAUGCUGCCACCAAUGUCCCCAGCUUCAUCAAUGCCAUGCGCCAUUUGACCAGGAUGCGCCAUCUCACAAUCAGAUGUCCUGGACAAGACCCCAGAGAGAGAUAUCGUCGUGACAUCGUCGACUAUGCUCUUAUCAGCUUGCGCAUAUCUCUUGAGCGUGCUCCCCUAGACAAACUUAACAAGCUAUCACUCUCUCAAUUACAUCCUGCUGCCUUUAACUACCUCCGUCAUGUCAAUGGCUUCGGAACUGUCCCCUCUGCUGGACGUCGCUGGCGACAGAUCAAAAAGCUCUCCGUCUCAGUGGACGCCUGGGACUUUUACGGCACAUCGCCUGGCCGUGACCAUCUCAAAGUCAUGGAUGAGUAUAUUCGUGCCUUUGCCCCCAAUCUUGAAAAGUUCGCCUUCACAUGGCUUGGCCGCAAGGGCCCUUGUCCAGUUGCCCUGGCCGCUGAUCCUAUGUUCGCACCACCCCGUGCCUCGAGGAAACUCUUCCACGAGGUUACCUCUCCCAUGUCUCCCCUGCCAGAAACACCCGGAAAGGGUGCUAUCUACUUCCCCAAGCUGCGAUACCUUCAAGUUCGCAACGCUACUAUGAACGCGCCCCAGCUCAGCAACUUGAUCAACUCUCAUCGCCCAACAGUCAAGGAGUUUGACUUUGAGAGUGUUGUUCUUGCUGAUAACGGAAACUGGGAUGACGUUCUUGCUCCUAUCGAUACUGACGAUUCAUGGUCUCGAAGCAGCAGCAUGACCGCUCAGUCAGAUUGUAGCCUGGUCACAAGCCCCAGCUCUGAGAACCUUCCCAGUCCAAGUGCUGCUGUCACUGCCGCUAGUCGCGAGCUCUUGGAUUUCGACCUCGGUGGCUUCCCCUUUAGCGACAUUGAAAACGAAGUCAUUGACGAUUUUCAACCCUAUGAUGUUCGCAUCAACGACGAUGUCUUUGCCCCUGUAGAUGAAUCAGAUGCGGGCUUCAGUACAAAACUGCGAAAGAAGCGCUCUCGCCGCCGUAGAAGAAAGCAUCGCAGCAGCGACCAUGAUACCCCGGAAACCCCCUCUCCUUCACCCAAGUCCUCUCUGCGCUCUCUAUCGCGCCGCCUUCAAUCCAAGCACCAACCUUCAAUGGAACAGCAGACUUCCCGCCCCUGCACUCCUAUCCCCAACAUCAGCGCACCCCUCCUGAUCAGUGAUCCCCAGCCUGUCCUUCUCCAACCCACUACUUAUGACCCAACUGCAAGGAAGAGCAACAGUCGUGACCCCAACGAGGGUAUAUCCCCUGUCCAGCGCAACAUAGAACAAGAAGAGACGCACCGUCUUCUCGCCGAGGACGCCGCCGCAAGAGUGAGCGCGCUGCAAAAAGCCAAAGCAGCAGUCCUGUCCAAGCUGAGCCGCGAAUUUUGCCAGAACAAGAAGCCUCGCGUCGGCGAGGCGAAUGCGUGCCGGUUCCUGGCAGGCCGGGAUCUCGGUACAGCAUUUGGACCUAAUAUGGUCAUGGAGGACCGAAGAGCGCUGGAGAGUCGGAGCUUGCUGGUUCCUCUGAUGUUCAGUCGCUCAUGA